AAAAGGCGGGCGCCAUUUUUCACAAGCAUUUGUCUAUGGAUAAGUAGUGAAGCGAAAAUUUGUGAUCGAAUUUAAUUGAAAUAGUGGUGAUCUAAUCUGCUACAAUAUCGAAAAAACAGAUAAUUUUAACUAUUGACUAUUCAUAAAAAUCUCCCUAAAAUGACUCCAAUAAGUAAGGUUAUUGAUAUGAAAUCCUGUCGUAUUUGUUUGUCAAAAAAGCCUUUAUGUCCUCUCUUCAACUAUCAGUUUUCUGGUAAUUAUGCAGAAAUGCUAACCGCAGUCGCUGAUGUAAAGGUCGCGGCUAAUGAUGGGUUACCUGAAAAAAUUUGCAAUAAGUGCUGUACUGCAUUGGAAAAGGCUUACUUACUUAAAACAGUUGCAGAAAGAAAUGAUAAAAGGAUGAGAAAGUUAUUGGCAAAGGCACAAGUGCCAACAAAAAAAAUUGCAUUUGAUACUUUCACUGAUAUUAAAAGUGAGAUUGGACCUCUUGCUAUCAAAACAGAACCAAAAUGGGAAAUGGAAAUAGAUGUACACAAUGAUAUCGCAUCUAAACCGAUAGAAACCAUGGAGGGGAAAGACAUUGUUAUUGCUAAUACUGUGAUUAGAAAAGUAGAGCCAGGUAGUGAAGAUUCAGCUAAAAAUAAUGAAAUGUAUUCAAGUAGGGAUGGAAAUUUAAGCUGGAAAUCAGACAAAGCCCAAUCAGUUACAGAUCUUGAUGCAGAAUAUUUAGAUGAUGACAUUUUUCAAGAUGAUGACAGUGAUGCAGACUAUGUACCACCAACAGACAAUAAAAAAACCAAAUUUAAGAAACCAAAACUAUCAGAUAUAAAAGUUUUCAAAGGUAAAAAAACUAUUAUGCGCAAAGUUAGAAUAUUGAACAAAUCAGAUCAAACCAGAAAUGACUUUGAAAAUAAAUCAAACAAUAAAAAUGAAGAUAAAACAAAAUCUACAAUGAUAACUUGUUAUCCUAUUAUGAAGAAUGGCACAAGGGGUCCUCCAAUUUUGUUGAAGAGGCCCAAAGAUGCUACUGUUUUAAGAGUUCACACAAAUUAUAAGGGCAGGCCCACUACAUCUGGGGAGGGUAAUAAAGUCUUGCGUAGAGAUAAGUCCGUCAGAAUGGUGAGAACUGCAAAACCUGUUGUAAAACAGAGGGAAAAGCUUGUUUGCCCUGUUUGCGGCAUUCUUACAUAUACACUUGGCAAUCAUAUAGCAACUCAUCAAGAGAAAAAGAGGUACACUUGUUCUCAUUGUCCAAGGUCGUUUUCACAAAAGAGUAACCUACUGGUGCAUACUAAGCAACACACCGGAGUAAAAGAUCAAAUAUGCGAAGUUUGUGGUGCAGGAUUCUAUAGUCAGAAAUCUUUAGUCAGGCACAAUCUUAUACAUAAAGGAGAAAGACCAUUUCCAUGCAAUUUGUGUAACAAGAGGUUCAUAGCACGCUGCGACCUGAACCGCCACUUGCGCAUACACUCCGGCUACAAGCCGUACAAGUGCGCGACGUGUGCGAUGUCCUUCAACGCGAAGCAUCAGCUGCAGAACCACGAGAGGAUGCACACUGGGGAGCGGCCAUACACGUGCGAGGUGUGCAAUGUUGCCUUCAGUUACAAAGUGAACCUUAACAACCACGUGUACAAAGUGCACGGCAUCAACUUGAAGUUCAAGUCAAUCCAUGUGGUCACCGAAGAGAUCCUCAGGCGGGAAAUGGGAUUGGUGAAUGAGACCCGAGUAGCGAUAUCGCAUAUCAUGCCACAGUUGACGGAAGCCCCCACCCCGGCGGCACACGAAACAGUGACGCAUCAUAGUUCUGAUUAUUAAGAUUUUGUCAAUAUGGCAUCUGAAAAUCUUGCUAUGAAUCCAGCGAGAUUUGGCAGUGUCAGUUAAGCAAUUUAAAGAUUGACAUCCGGUGCGUAUUUUAUUGUCACACGGUUUCAUCAGAAUUAAUGGUAGGGUAAUUGCGCUGGUUUGGCGUCCAGUUCUACUUUUCGUCCAUUUCACUUUUAAACGCAUAUAAAAAGAAUAUAAACACACCUAUGCACGCAUGUUGCAACUUGUCACGAUCCUUCAUACUUAAGCAACAGUUCUAACAACCACAAAAUCUAAUUUGUCAAGUGAAAACUUCGAAAAAAUUAAACUCAGUGGCCGGCAUGUGUUCGUGUUGCGUAGACGUCAUUGCCGAUACAAAAAAAAUAGCUGGUGCAGGAACACUCCGUGGUGGGUUUUAUGACUAUUUCACAUAGAUUGGGUAAUAUUUUGGCAUGUAAGGAUAUUUAAGAGUAUAACUAACAUUAUGUUCAGGUUAUUUUACAAUGUUUUUGUAGUAAUCUUAGUAAAAGUUUGCGGACGAAUACUGACAUGCCUAUUUUACCAAUUAUUUGGUAUCCGUCCACGUGGACGGAAACUAAAACAGCAAGCUAAAUAUUUGGAAUGUUCAUUUUACUUUUUCAGACCUAUAAAAAAAUAUGUGUUUUCUUUAGAUAUGAACUUUAUUGGCUAUUUGACAAGAUAUUUAGUUAACGUCCAAUAAUUUCUCAGUAUUGCUUGUUUAAAAAAAUGUUUAAAU